AUGGAAACCAAGAAAACAGGCUCGUUCGAUGCGCACGACCAGGCGCCUGAAGUAUCUUUUCAGCGAGACGAUGGACCCAUUCCGGCAUCCGUGUAUACCACAAGUACAUUCGACCAGAGUCCGGUGCAUUACUCUCAGCAAGAUAAGCCACCACAAGGCUUCGUACCGUUCCAGCAGCCUUUCAUGCCUGCAUACCCACAAUCGAUGCAAACAGCGGUGCCUUCAAAAUCCAAGCCAGAUGGCGAUAACACUAUCCGCAGGAAGAGAAAAUGGGUAUGGCCUUUGGCUAUGGUCAUUGCGGCGCUGGUCGCUCUUGGUGUCGGGAUAGGUAUCGGAUAUGCAGUUGGCGACAGCAAUUCUUCCAACGACCCUUCUAGCGAUGGGAACGAUGCUGACAGCGAGCUCGUCACCUCCGGCAACACCGGUAUAACCGCCUUCUCCUGCGACUCCUCAGAAGUCUACGCCUCACCCUUCGGCUCCUCUUUCGCACAAGAAUGCUACGUCUCUUACAAAACCAACCAAACCGCAUACGAUAACUCUUCCAUCAUCGUCAAGAAUUUCGCCGGUCUUACUGUAUACAACUUCGAAACUUGCAUGGACGAAUGCGUGAAGAGGAAUCGUCAACUGGAUAUCGGAAAUAUGUUGGGUGACCGCUGUACGGCAGUGAGCUUCUAUGCAAAUUUGACGUACAGUAUACCGGCUUGGGCGGGAAAUUGUUUCAUCAAGAAUGCGAAAGGGAUUGGGAGGAAUUGGGAUCAGAAUUCGAAUGCGAGUUUGACGGCGAGUGCUUAUUUGGUACAGCUGCAUUAA